AUGCAGACAAAUAAUGGCGGAAGCAGUAACAACGUUGCAAAUCAACAAAAUGCAUUUACAAUGGAAAAUCAGGAAAAGUUAUUAGCUGAUGCGUUACAAAAUGUUCGUCAGCAUGCAUUUUCGAUGAAAAGAGUUUUAGACCAAGGAGUAGUGAUGGAUGGAUUGAAACAUGCUGCUAAUAUGUUGAGUGAACUGCGUACAUCGUUAUUAUCACCGAAGAACUAUUAUGAACUUCAUGUUGUUGUUGUUGAAGAAUUACAUCAUUUGGAGUUGUAUUUAACAGAUGAAUUUGAACAUGGACGUGGUAGUCAUGAUUUGUAUGAAGUUGUGCAAUAUGCUGGAAACAUCGUACCAAGAUUAUAUCUGCUAAUUACAAUUGGUCAUGUGUAUAUUCGUGCCAAUGAACUUUCUCGAAAAGAUAUAUUACGUGAUUUAGUCGAAAUGUGUCGUGGAGUUCAGCAUCCAUUACGCGGUCUAUUUCUGAGAAAUUAUCUAUUACAAUGUGUCAAAAGUUUAUUACCCGAUCAAGAACAGGAAAGUUCUGAUGAGAACAAAACUGGUACUAUACUUGAGUCACUUGAUUUUAUUCUUCUAAACUUUGCUGAAAUGAACAAGCUCUGGGUUCGAAUGCAAUAUCAAGGGCAUACUAGAGAUUUGCAACGUCGCGAACAAGAACGUCGUGAGCUGAGAAUACUUGUUGGAACAAAUUUGGUACGCUUAAGUGAACUGGAAUGUGUUAAUGUCGAUAGAUAUAAAAAUAUUGUUUUGCCAAAGAUAAUGGAACAACUUGUCAGCUGCAGAGAUUCGAUAGCACAAGAAUAUUUAAUGGAAUGUAUUAUACAAGUAUUUCCCGAUGAAUAUCAUUUACAUACAUUGAAUUUAUUUUUAAAAGGUUGCCGUGAGUUAGCACCUACAGUAAAUAUUCGCAAUAUUUUGAUAUCACUGAUCGAUCGUCUAACCUCUUAUUCGAUACGUGAUGGUGUACAACAGAAUAUACUCGAAACAAUCAAAUUAUUCGAUAUAUUCUCCGAGCAAAUAUCCGAAGUGAUAAAAAGUCGAUCAAACAUGCCUCCCGAAGAUAUUGUUGCAUUGCAAAGUGCUCUUCUUAGUCUGGCAUUGAAAUGUUAUCGUGAUGAACCGGAUUAUGGUGAUAAAGUAUUGGAAUCUACAAGAAAAAUAUUCAAUGAGGUUUCUCCCGACACUCAAGUUCAAACGGGCUCAGCUGCAGCGAAAGAACUUGUUAAAAUGUUAAAAGUACCUAUUGAUUGUUAUACUAUCUUAGAAGUAUUAAAAUUAAAACAUUAUAGUGAAGUAUUACAAUUAUUAAGCUACCGUGAGCGACAUAUUGUGUGUACGCAUAUAAUUAACAAUGUAUUGGAUACUGAAACAGUUAUACCAACAGCAGAAGAUGUUACACUAUUAUUAAAUUUAUUAACCACAUUGAUUGUGGAUCAAACAGAUUCGGCAUUUGACUUAUCAAGACAAAAUAUUGCAAAUGAAGAUUUUGUAGAAGAACAGAAUCUCGUGGCGAGAUUGUGCAAUACCCUACAUUCAAGUGAUGCUGAUCAACAAUACCAUAUUUGUCAAGAUACAUUUAAGAAUGGCGGUAUUGAACGUAUGCGAUUUACCUAUCCACCGUUAAUAAUGCAAGCUUAUGCGUUAUCCUAUCGUUAUAAAGCGCUAAAAGAUCAGGAUGAAAAAUGGGAGAAAAAGUGCCAGAAACUCUUUCAGUUUUGUAAUCAAUGUCUUACUAUAUUGACAAAACCAGAAUCAAAUGAUUUACCAUUAAGACUAUAUUUACAGGGCUCCUUAACAGCAAGUGAAAUUGGUACAGAAAGUACUGAAACAAUAGCAUAUGAAUUUCUAUCACAGGCGUAUGUUUUAUAUGAAGAACAAGCAGGUAAUACGAAAGCUCAAGCAGAAACGUUAAAAGUUUUAAUCGGUACAUUAGAAAAAGUGAGUUGCUUCAAUGAAGAAAAUCAUUCAACAUUAAGACAAUCAUUAACUCAAGCGGCGGCACGUUUAUUGAAACGUCCUGAUCAAGUUCGAGCAUUACUAUUAUGUACACAUUUAUUUUGGAGUGCUAAACGCAAAAAUGAAGCGGGACAAACGGAAGAGAUUCGUGAUGGUGAAAAAGUAAAUGUUUGUUUAAAAAAAGCAGCAAAAUUGACAACACAAGUGAUGGAUUCAGCUGCACAAAUACAAUUAUAUAAUGAAUUGCUGAACUAUUAUCUUUUCUUUUUCAAACAAGAUCAUCCACAAACUGACGUAGCUGUUCUGAAUACAGUGAUCGAAAAACUUCGUACUGAAUCUGUACGUUUAGAACAAAAUAAUGAAAGCGGUGAAUUCAUUAAUAAUCAAAUACGAAAAACAUUUGAUUAUAUGCGUGAACAAGCUCAGCUAGAAUCAAAUAUAGAAAAAUUUAAAGGUUUACAGAUUGAUUUAUAA